AUGACUUGUAUACAUCAAGGGGGAGUUCUUUCUGAAAGUCCGCUUUGGGUGAACGAAGAAGGUGCUCUUUACUGGGCUGACAUUCUAUCACAGAAAAUUUUCAGACUGGAAAUAGAUACUGGCAAUGUCACGAGCAAAUAUAUUGAAUAUGGGCCUGUAAGCUUAAUUAUAAAGGUAAAAGAUUAUCCGAAAUUACUUUUGAUAUCGGUCAGAAGUGAACUUUACUUUCUGAAUUGGGAUACCUUUGAAGGAGACAAGUCUUUGAGACUGCUAACAGCUGUGGACCUCGGGCAUCCUGAUAAUAGAUGCAACGAUGGCAAAGUCGAUGCGAAAGGAAGAUUGUGGUUUGGUACUAUUGGAAAGGAAUCAGGUAGCUGGCACGAAAAAGACGCGGCCUCUGUUUAUAUGCUAACAGAAAAUAACUACAAAAAUCCGGAAGUUAAAAUCCGUCCUGUAUCCAUUUCCAAUGGCAUCGCUUGGAGUUCGGAUAACAAGUAUAUGAUGUACAUAGAUUCAAGUGCUCGGGCAAUUUCUGUUUACGAUUUUGAUUUGGAAACCGGAAAAAUUGAAAAUGGUAGGACACUAUUCAGCUUUCCAGCAAAUAAUCUGACAGGUGCUCCAGAUGGAAUGACAAUUGACAGAGAUGAUAAUCUGUGGGUAGCUUGCUUUAAUGACGGCAAGGUUAUAAAAAUCGACCCAAGAGCGGGUAAACUACUCGAGCAGCAUAGACUACCUGCGACCAAAAUAACCUCCGUGAUGUGGGGAGGAUAUGAUUAUUCCACAUUAUACGUUACUAGUGCCAGCAAGGAUUUGACGGGUAGCGAAUUAGCUCAACAACCGGAAGCUGGAUCCGUCUUCGCGAUAACCGGAACAGGUUCUUCCGGUUACCCGAUGAAUGAGUUUAUUUUCAAAGACGCUGACAAAUAUUGA